GACGGCAAGAGAGAGCUUAAGAGGAGAGGUCCAGCAGCCCCAGCUAGGAAGAAGGUGCCUGGCCCAGAUCCAAUUGCCUGGGAUGUGCAGGAAAGAAAUGAGACAGUUGCUGUUCCCCCUGGCCCUGUGGCUCAGUGCCCUGGGGCCCACAGGAACCAGAGGAGAUGAGCUUUCUGUGCCACAACAACGGGGGUUGCAGGUGGCUCUGGAGAAGUUCCACAAUCACCCACCUGUGCAGUGGGCAUUCAAGGAGAUUGGUGUGGACACUGCCAGUGACACGUCAUUUCCUGGAGGGACAUUUGUGCGCCUGGAAUUUGGGCUCCAGCAGACCAGCUGCAGAAAGAAGGACUGGAGGAAUACUGAGUGCAAAGUGAAGCCCAACGGGCGGAAGAGGAAUUGUUUGGCUUGCAUCAAGUUUGAUUCUAAGGACCGGAUCCUGAAACAGAUGAUUCACUGCCCCAUCGGGCCUCCGUGGAGUCAAAGGGAUCCUGAAGGGCAGCAGGAGACCCAGUGCACUCAAGUGGAACGAGCUGGUGAGGAACCCCACAGUUAUUACUUCCCUGGCACAUAUGCUUUUUCUAGAAGUCACAGCUCUGGUUGAAUCCUAAGCAGGGUGCUACCUUGCUUUCAAUUCCUUUGAAAACCAGUGAAAAGUGUGAAGGCUCCCAACAUCCCUCUCAACUCACAAGAGCAAGCAUCCCCUUUCCCACCUCACCUGGGAAAAGAGGCGAGGCUCUCCUAACCCUGUACACAAACACCCUUGCUCCUUCCUGCCUCAAAUAAAACUUCCCAAAACUUUGUA